CUCGUGCGCGCUGCGUCUGGACGCUCCCCGUCAAGGCGAAUGCGCCUCGCUCGCGCUCUGGAAGACCACUACAUCGCGAGAGGGGGGACGCAAGAUGCCCCACGUGACUCCAUGAUCUGCAGGCGGCUGAGCGAGCAGGGCCGCUUUGCCUUCGCUGCGCUGUGUGGAGUCUCCCUGGGCCACUUGUUCACCAGCCCCGAAAGCAGCGGGUUCAGGGAGAAGUAUCUGCAGGGCUUGGUUUGCUGGCUGAACCUGGAUGAGUCGGUGAUGCCGGUGAUGGGGGCUUUCCUGUCCGGCCAGGGCUUCGAGGGCUCCGACACCUUCCUCUCCAUCCUACAGGCCGAGCCUCUGCUGGCUGCGGGGUCCACCCCCAUCAUACAGGAUCUGGUGUCGUUUUCCGUCAAGGACGGCCAAUACGACGCGAGGUCAAGGGUGCUCAUCCGUCAUGUCAGCUGUCUGCUGCGAGUCUUCCCACAGCAGCUGGAGGAGUUCGAGGAAACGCUGGGAGAGAGGCUGAGGGAGGGGGCGGAGGAGAGCGAAGAGGAUUCCUUUCGCCGGCUAAAGCGAGAGAGAAAGCAAAAGUUACGGCGCUACCUCCUCAUUGGACUGGCCACCGUCGGCGGGGGAGCUGUGAUCGGCGUGACAGGUGGACUGGCAGCCCCCUUGGUGGCUGCAGGGGCCGGUGCCGUGUUGGGGGCCGGAGGGGCCGCUGCUCUGGGCUCCGCCACCGGCAUUGCAAUCAUGGCUUCCAUGUUCGGGGCAGCGGGAGCAGGACUGACUGGCUACAAGAUGAACAAGUGCGUCGGGGCGAUAGAGGAGUUUGAGUUCCUGCCGCUGAGAUCCGGGAAGCAGCUCCACCUGACCAUCGCGGUGACAGGGUGGCUCUGCAGCGGCAAAUACAGUUCAUUCCAGGCCCCUUGGGGCAGCCUGGGAGAAUGCGGAGAGCAGUUCUGCCUGGUGUGGGAGUCGCGCUUCCUCAGGGACCUGGGCUCGGCCAUGACCUCCCUGCUGGACGGGCUGGUCAGCAUGGUGGCCCAGGAGGCGCUCAAGUACACGGUGCUCGCAGGCAUUGUGGCGGCCCUGACGUGGCCCGCGUCGCUGCUGGCGGCGGCCAGCGUCAUCGACAACCCCUGGAGUGUUUGCCUGAACCGCUCGGCGGAAGUGGGGAAACACCUGGCGCAGGUUUUGAGAAGCAGACAGCAGGGGAAGCGGCCCGUCAGCCUCAUAGGAUUCAGUCUCGGGGCCCGAGUGAUCUACUACUGCCUGCAGGAGCUCGCCAAUGACCAAGGUAGUGAAGGAGUAGUCGAGGAUGUAGUCCUCUUGGGGGCCCCCGUGGACGGCUCUGAGAAGGCCUGGGCGAGAAUGACCAAGGUAGUGGCUGGAAAAAUAGUGAACGGCUACUGCAGAGGGGACUGGCUCCUGGGGUUCUUGUACCGGAGUUCAGCUGCGCAAAUGUCGGUGGCCGGGCUGCAGCCUAUCAACAUUCAGGACCGACGGCUCAUCAAUGUGGAUCUCUCCUCCGUGGUGAAAGGCCACUUGGACUACAUGCGCCAGAUGGACACCAUCUUGGUGGCAGUGGGAGUCCCCACCAAGGAAGUUCCAGGAGCCUUCUUUGUGGUCCCAGCGACGGUGGACGAGGCCCCCGGCGAGCAACGAGCGGCCGAGACGCAGCGGCGAGCUGAGGAGGCUGAGACUCGUGCGGGGGAAAGCGAGGACGCGGGAGAGGCUGCGCAGGUAGAGGAGGCCGUUGAUGGCUGGGACAUCCCUGAUAUUUCGGACCUGCUGGACUCCUUAAGUGACGCGGAGUCGGACAGAGACGUUUCGCCGUGUACAUCCGAGGAGAAGAAGGCAAGUGAUAGUGGCGCGCCGUCCGCUUCCUGCGAGCCUGAUGAUGAACGUGCAUCGUGGAGCUGUGAUGAUGAUACACUCUGGACUGCAGAGAGCACACACAAACAAAGGCAGCCAAACUUGUAAAGAGCAUGUCACUAGGACAUGCUGCUUUGUCUAAGCUCGGCUUCUCAAGUUGUCUUUGUUUUGUUUUUCCAGCAUCGAAGCUUUCGUUGGAGAACAAAUCCGCUCUGUUGUCGCAACACACACACACACACACAUGGCAGCCUCGAGUGAAGAUGUCCCUGAAUGGGCUGCUUUUAGACUGACGUAUUAAUUUAAUUUAAAUUUGAAAAAUGAAGUACUUUUUUUUUUACAAACUGAAAAGUGUCUUUUUUUCUCACUUAGCAAUCAAAUAUCUGUACACAUUACUUGUGUUUCGCAGGUGUUAGAGGAUGCUGCGAAACAGGUGAUAUCAUCCUUCUCAUUUUCAUCUGCUGGCCUGGUUGCUAUGGAUAUUAUCACAGCAAUUUAAUCUCCAUACGUAAUUUUGAAUGUGUCUUCCUCAAGGCCUUUUUCUCUGUUCCACCCAUGCCAAUGUUAAGUUCUGCUUCCCACAUAGUUUAAAGGGUUUCAUUACAUUGUAUACUGGCACUGAUAACAGUUAUUCUUAUUGUGGUAAUGCAACUUAAUGAUUGGAGACAAACACACAAUUCUAGGUAGAACAAGG